AUGGAGGAGGUGUGGAAACUACACUGCCAGCUGAGUGCCAUCCCAAGUGAUUUGAGAGGGAUAGGGAUCCAGGCAACCAGGCUGGAAGCUGAUGAUAUGUCUUCCUCAUCAUCUGUUGCCAAGCAGCAGUCCAUCAGGGAUCUCAUGACAGCCAAUGCCAAGCCUAAGAAGUUUCAGCCACUUACAGAAGUGGGGGAAAUUGACCUUGAUGUCUUGGCUCAGCUCCCCCCUGACAUCCAAGAUGAGAUCCACAAAGAGUACCAUCUUCCAAAGAAAACAAAAGUGCAACAGUCGGACCAGAUGGUAAAAGACCAAGGUGUGUGCAGCCAUGAUGUCAUGUCUUCAAACCCCCUGCUAAGAUUGCGUUCACCAUCCAAGGCUAAAGUCAUACUG